AUGUCUUCCUCGGAUGAAUUCGUCAAUCUCACAUACAAACGUAACGGAACCUCAAAUCUGACCUCUGCUCCCAUUCCAAAGAGAAGCGAACGCUUGACUUUUCUCAAUCUUCCUAACGAAGUUCUACACGCUAUAUUCAGACAGCUUCUUAAGGAGGCUCAAGACAAAAGUUCAAGAUUCUCUAACUAUGGAAUUCAAACGAGACAUAUCAAGAAUGCACUCAAUAUGCUAUCGAUAUCCAAGGAUGUGCGAGCUAGAUUUUUGCCAGAAUUUUAUCGAGAAACGAUCAUUCCGAUUACACUAGACCUCGAGGAAUCUGAUUAUCUGGGAUACCCUGAGAUUUAUGAAUCGGAAGGAGGCUGGAUAGAUAUAGUAGAAGCGGCAGACUUCAAUUUUGAAACAAUACCGGUCCACAAUGAGCAUGAACAAUACCCCGGUCUUAUUGAAAGUAAUCGACAGAGAUUGGACAAGUUCUUAGUUCAUCACGGCAGUCAAAUCAGGCGCAUCAAGUUGAACAUUAGUAGCAUUGGGGAUUAUGCUGGCCCAGUCUUAUCUGAGGACGCGGACUUGUACAGACUGUUCAAAGCAAGAAUCCAAAAAGUUAUUGAGCAAUUGUUAGGAAAUGGGGAAGUAGGAACACCAAGAAGGAGGAAAAUACUUGAGCUUAGGUUGUGUGUUCAACCAGACCGUGAAUACCCACAAGAAGACGAAGACGAAGACUACAAUAACUACACAUUUGAGUGCGCGUGCUUCAAUAUUCUAAUGUCACUUCUCGAGCCAUUGAGAGAGCACCUUGAUUCAAAACAAUGUGCGAAGUUGGAUUGGAAUGGGGUCUAUGUUCUCAAGGCUACCGACAUCAAUUGCGGAAUCUUUUCUUACGAGAGCAUUUCAUUUGUCAGGGACAUGAUUACUGAUCUGACAUCAGAAGAACAGAAUUUACGAUGUCAGUGGGCAAAAGAGCAAUUGUCACGAAACGUCGAGGUGGACAAAGAUCUCGUAUCAUUGCCUGUAGAGAGGAAUGAAGAUCAAUGGGUCAACUUCUGGAGGAAUCACAGGGAUGUAAAUCCGUACCGUCUAGCAUGUAUCAAUUUUCUCUAUCCUAAGGGUAUUGCUCAGGCGCAUAAAACACAUCCUGUAGAGUCUGAAUGGGUUCUAAAGAUUCUAGAAUCGUCUUCUUUGAUGUGGGACAUUCAUGAAAUUCGACUCGUUCUUGAUUUAUUGCGUGAAAGAAAAAGAAAUUACGUUAUUGAAAGUGUGUAUAUUGGCGAUAUUGAAAAGAUUGACCCUAUCAUCAUGACCUCUCAGACCCCUUCUCAUGUACCCGUUGAAGAUAAGGACUCUACGACAAUUGACGAAUCAACAGAGAAUCAUCACUCCACUCUAUUAUCAGAUGAUUUCCAAAACGCAAAUCACUCCCCCAACACCGGCAGCAGCUCCGCUCCACGACUUCCACCCCCUCCUCCUCCUCCCCCCAGUUUCCCCAAACCCUUCACUCCAGCAAAGUUACCACCCGUUCCAUCUCCUCCACCUAUCGGCCCUCCAAAUACCCUCCUCAUAGAACUCCUCACAUACAACGGCUACCCCUACAAAGACCACUGGGCCUAUUUCAUCCGAUCUCCCUCCCACACCUCCAUCGGCGUUCGUCUUCACGCCACUGGAGAUGUGAGGAAUGGGUUUCGUUUUGAGAUUCAGCAUGAAUAUAAUUUAUAUACCACUGAGGAUAUUCCUACGAAGAGGAUUCCAUUGCAGUGGGCUGACGGGGGGAGAGUACCAGAUGCUGGGGGUUGUGGGGUGGAUGUAAGUGUGAGUGUGAAUGUGGAUAUGUAUAGGAGAACGGUCUGUGCGUUUGAGAAAAGUGUAAGAAAAGCAGAGGUACCCGGGAAGACGUUAAAUUCCGUGGUAGACGAGGUGUGUGAGAUCUUUUCAUAUUCAAUUCUAUUCAAGUAUCAAAGGCUUUUUAUUUUCUACCCCUUAUCUCCUCCACAGCAGAUUACUCCAAAUCCACAUCACACAUUUACCACACUAACAUACCCCUCUCCAAAGACGCACCUAGGCAAAAAAAUCAUCCAAAAGGAUUGUCAAUCAUGGCUCGUCGAGGCCGCCGACCACUUGGUGCAAGAUGGAAUUUUCGAACCCGAGAUUGCGGAGUUUCUUUACGCGGCUAGACAGUGA